UGACAAAAUGGGAACACACCAGCAGUGUGAGGAGACCUGAAAGUGGCACAUGGCAGAGUGUGGCGAUGAGGCAGCAGCAAUGGGGAGGCCGUACAGGGACCCAUGAGAGACUCUGGACCUGGCGGGCAAGCAGCAUGAGGAGGCGGUACGGGGGGCCCAUUGGCAGAUUACGGGCCUGGCAGCAGCAAUGGGAGGCCCGAAUCUGCCAGCACCCUAUGACAAAAAGGAACACACCAGCAGUGUGAGGAGACCUGAAAGUGGCCACAUGGCAGAGUUAACAUGGUGACAG